GCUCAGUUCAUGGUGUAGAUACAUCUCAAUGGUGAUGGGUUCUUUUAGGAGAAGUUGUCGGCAAAUAUACAACUAAUGGGCCAUGCGUAUCGGCCCAUAAAACCAAUCCAUACGAGUUAUAUAUAUUUUAUCACAAGAGUUGAAUUUGCCGCCCCUAAAAGAAUCGAUCGAGACGAGUACGGUCUUGAAUAAUCCUCACUCUCAAUCUCUCUCUCUCUCUCCCUCCUUCCCCGUUCGGUUUUGAUUAAUUAGAAUGGUGAUGGCGACGGAGAAGCAGUCUGGGGCAGUAACAUCGGUCUUUUGGGACAUCAAGAAGUGUCCCGUUCCCCGUGACUUUGAUGCUCUUCUGGUCGCUCCGUGUAUUAAACGGUUUUUGAAGAAAUUAGGCUACUUUGGUCCUCUCACCAUCUCUGCAAUCGGCCUACUAACAGACAUCGCUGAUGAUGUCCUGCGAGCGGUAUCUUCCACUGGAAUUGUUCUUCAUGCCACCCCAUAUGGUUCCAAUUGCGUACAGACGCUUAUCUUUUCUUGGAUGGAUGAUAAUCCACCUCCAGCUAAUAUAAUGCUCAUACCCGAUCCCACAGUCUCUAACUCUUAUGACCUGAGUUUCCUAAAGUAUCACUGUGGAUACAACGUUAUUAAUCCCUAUCGAUAUGGUCCCUACUCCACUAAGAGCCUCUGGAAAAAAUUUCUUCUCGCAGGGGCACUUGAGGUUGAGGUGGAGGAUAAGUGCAUUGAAACUGAUGAAUCUGCUUCCUGGUUUUGCCAUGGAUGUCUUAUUGAUUUUAGUUGUAAUACACCCAUCGUUUGUACCACUGGCCAAGGCGUUGAGACUUUCACCACGCAUCUCUCUAGCCAAGAACAUGCACAGCUUGUAAUUAAGCAUCCCAGCCAAACCGGAUUGUGCCGCAAACUCUCUAGCAACACAUAUCGUGGUCCAUGGGGCAAUGUCUCUUGCAGUAUUGGAUGCAUUUAUAGCGAGUACGUCUCUCUAUUAGUCGGCCAUGUUUUCAGCAGUGACGAGGAAACCACCGCCUAUGUUGCGAAGAUGGCUCCAUUGGUAUUGGAAGGGGAUGUGGAUGGCAACGAAUUUCCCAUUAGCUUGAUCAAAUUCAAAGCUUACAAGUGA